AUGCGUCAACAACGUCAAGCCGUACAAGUGAUUUCACAACCGGUGGCCACUACUCCAACUCCUCAAGGAGUUCAAGGUGGCACAUAUAUUAUCCAGCAAGGAACUUCAACACCAGUCACUCAUAUAGGGCAAGGCCAAGUACAACAGAUUCAACUUGCUUCAUCAAACGGUGUCACACAUCAGCAAGUCGUACAUACUGUGCAUCAAGUCCCAGUGCAAACAAUCCAGGGGCAACAAGGCCCUCACGUCACUGUUGGUCAACAACAGAUGCCAUCUUCAUCGGGUCAUUUGGUAGUUCAGCAACACGUUCCUACUACCUCGGGCGGUCAACAACUCGUCCAUCAGCAGUCGGCUCCGCAACAGAUAACUUAUACAACCGGUGGCUUGAUGGUGAGCGGGCAACAUAUCCAACAACAGAUCAUCAAUCCUUACGGAGCACCACCAUCUCGGGCUUAG